UCGUGGCGGCGGCCGUAAAGCGCGGCGGUCGAACGGCCGGUUCCGGCUGAAUGUCAGUGCGGAGCUGUGGGCCGGGGAGGAAGGUGGUUGGCGGUCCCUCUACCACCUCCGCCGCUGCCUCCUCCGCUUGUGCUGCCACUGCGGGCGCCCGGCCGCUCGGCCGCUCGGGCAUGAGACCGUGAGGCGGGCAACGGGUCGGGGCCGCCGACAUGUUUGGCCGCUCGCGGAGCUGGGUGGGCGGGGGCCAUGGCAAGUCUUCCCGCAACAUCCACUCCUUGGACCACCUCAAGUAUUUGUAUCAUGUCUUGACCAAAAACACCACAGUCACAGAACAGAACCGGAACCUACUAGUGGAGACCAUCCGUUCCAUCACUGAGAUCCUGAUCUGGGGAGAUCAAAAUGACAGCUCUGUAUUUGACUUCUUCCUGGAGAAGAACAUGUUUGUUUUCUUCCUGAACAUCCUGCGGCAGAAGUCAGGCCGCUAUGUGUGCGUUCAGCUGCUGCAGACCCUGAACAUCCUCUUCGAGAAUAUCAGUCACGAGACCUCCCUGUAUUAUUUGCUCUCUAAUAACUAUGUAAAUUCUAUCAUUGUCCAUAAGUUUGAUUUUUCUGAUGAAGAGAUUAUGGCAUAUUAUAUAUCAUUCCUGAAAACACUUUCGUUAAAACUCAACAACCACACCGUCCAUUUCUUUUACAAUGAGCACACCAAUGACUUUGCCCUGUACACAGAAGCCAUCAAGUUUUUCAAUCAUCCUGAAAGCAUGGUUCGAAUUGCUGUAAGAACCAUAACUUUGAAUGUCUACAAAGUGUCAUUGGAUAACCAGGCCAUGCUGCAUUAUAUCCGAGAUAAAACUGCUGUUCCUUACUUCUCCAAUUUGGUCUGGUUCAUCGGGAGCCACGUGAUCGAACUUGAUAACUGUGUGCAGACCGAUGAGGAACACCGGAACCGGGGGAAGCUGAGUGACCUGGUGGCUGAGCACCUGGACCACCUGCACUAUCUCAACGACAUCCUGAUCAUCAACUGCGAGUUCCUCAAUGACGUGCUCACGGACCAUCUGCUGAACAGGCUCUUCCUGCCCCUCUACGUGUACUCGCUGGAGAACCAGGACACGGGAGGAGAACGCCCGAAGAUCAGCCUGCCGGUUUCUCUCUAUCUCCUGUCGCAGGUCUUCCUAAUUAUACAUCACGCACCCCUGGUGAACUCAUUAGCUGACGUCAUUCUGAAUGGUGAUCUGUCUGAGAUGUACGCUAAGACUGAACAGGAUGUUCAGAGAAGUUGUGCCAAGCCCAGCAUUCGGUGCUUCAUUAAGCCCACCGAGACGCUUGAGCGCUCCCUUGAGAUGAACAAACACAAGGGCAAGAGGCGGGUGCAGAAGAGACCCAACUACAAAAACGUUGGGGAGGAAGACGAGGAGGAGAAGGGGCCCGCCGAGGAUGCCCAGGAAGACGCUGAGAAGACUAAAGGUACUGAGGGUGGUUCAAAAGGCAUCAGGACGAGUGGGGAGAGUGAAGAGAUAGAGAUGGUGAUCAUGGAACGUGGCAAGCUCCCGGAGCUGGCAGCCGGCACCUCCGUGCAGGAACAGAACACCACGGACGAGGAAAAGAGCGCUGCCGCCACGGGCUUGGAGAGCGCGCAGUGGAGCAGACCCUUCCUAGAUAUGGUGUACCACGCCCUGGACAGCCCGGAUGACGACUACCAUGCCCUGUUUGUUCUCUGCCUCCUCUACGCCAUGUCUCAUAACAAAGGCAUGGAUCCUGAAAAACUCGAGCAAAUCCAGCUCCCGGUGCCCGGUGCAGCCGAGAAGACCACCUACAACCAUCUCCUGGCCGAGAGACUCAUCAGGAUCAUGAACAACGCGGCCCAGCCAGAUGGGAAGAUCCGCUUGGCGACGCUGGAGCUGAGCUGCCUGCUCCUAAAGCAGCAAGUGGUGACCAGCACGGGCUGCAUCAUAAAGGACGUGCACCUGGCCUGCCUAGAGGGUGCCCGAGAAGAAAGCGUUCACCUAGUUCGGCAUUUUUAUAAGGGAGAAGAAAUUUUCUUGGACAUGUUUGAAGAUGAGUACAGAAGCAUGACAAUGAAGCCCAUGAACGUGGAGUAUCUCAUGAUGGACGCCUCCAUCCUCCUGCCCCCCACGGGCACACCACUGACUGGCAUCGACUUUGUGAAGCGGCUGCCGUGUGGCGACGUGGAGAAGACCCGGCGGGCCAUUCGGGUGUUCUUCAUGCUCCGCUCCCUGUCGCUGCAGCUGCGAGGGGAGCCCGAGACCCAGUUGCCCCUGACGCGGGAGGAGGACCUGAUCAAAACGGAUGACGUGCUAGACCUGAACAACAGCGACCUGAUUGCGUGCACAGUGAUCACCAAGGACGGCGGCAUGGUCCAGCGCUUCCUGGCUGUCGAUAUUUACCAGAUGAGCCUGGUGGAACCCGACGUGUCUAGGCUCGGCUGGGGAGUGGUCAAGUUCGCCGGCCUCCUGCAGGACAUGCAGGUGACAGGAGUGGAGGAUGACAGCCGCGCCUUGAACAUCACCAUCCACAAGCCUGCGUCCAGCCCCCACUCCAAGCCCUUCCCAAUCCUCCAGGCCACCUUCGUGUUCUCCGACCACAUCCGCUGCAUCAUCGCUAAGCAGCGCCUGGCCAAAGGUCGCAUCCAGGCAAGACGCAUGAAGAUGCAGAGGAUAGCCGCCCUCCUGGACCUCCCGAUCCAGCCGACGACCGAAGUCCUGGGGUUUAGACUUGGCUCCUCCUCUUCCACCCAGCACCUGCCUUUCCGUUUCUACGACCAGUGCCGCCGGGGCAGCAGCGACCCCACGGUGCAGCGCUCUGUGUUCGCGUCGGUGGACAAGGUGCCAGGUUUUCAAGUAUAGUCCUUAAAAUCCAAGAGCAUUUGUCCAUGGAUUAAGAGCUUUAGGCUAAGAGAUGCUGCAAGUUUUCAGCUAUUUUGUAUGUUGGGUGUGUUUUCCCUUUAAAAGCGACCUGAAAUAAAAGCCUUUAAGCAUUUUGAGGUGCAGCCCGUCCAUGAUCUAGGGGUAGGUAGAUGGGGGGAGGUUGCCCAGGCCUGGCCAAGGGAGGCGUUAGAAACGCCCCCUUUCCCAAGUGCCUGAUUUGCACCCCCAUCCCCGGCACCGGCUGAGACAAGACGUGCACAUGAAGAAAAUCAGAAAUGGCUUCCAGCAGCCCCUUGGGGGGAAGCCUGUAGAUGGCCACGGAGGCCCAGAGUUUUGUGCACACCCCCUGAAAACACCACCUCCUAUGUGGCUCCCCAGAAAGGGAAACUGGAAAGGUCUCUGUGCAGGUUCCGGAGCCUUCCACCUUCUGGUUCACGAGAACCUCAGAGUCCUAGCAGUAGGGGAGGGGACUGUGGGGGACCACCCCCAGGGGUCCUGCACCCGUGUUGGUAGAGUCUUUCAUUUUUGUGUGAAUUCCUCAGGGGAGGCCUGGAUGAGCACCCAGGCCUGGCCUGUUGUGGGGCUCGAACCUGAAGCCUGCCCUCUUAGCCCCCCACGCACAUGCUCUUUGAAGAGUUGGUGGGUAAUUCGGCGUUUCCGGUGUGGCCUCCGACGCCAUGGCCUCUGGCCCCUAGAACCCGUGGGCAUCGUGGUGCUUUUGCUUGGGGGGGCAGGCUUCAGAGUCAGACUCUUGAGUCCAGAGCGUGGAUGCGGGAGCUCCAGGUGACCUGUGGGCCCUGGAGACUGCAGUCUGUCCCGGUUUCCGCAGGCUGAGGCUCCAAACUCAGCCCCACUGACCCUUCUCCCACCCUGGGACCUGGCUGACGGCCCUGGGAGGGGAAAGGGCAGAGCCGGGGAAGGAGCCAUCGAGGGAAGGCAUUAGGCCGAGGCCGCUCCUGCCGUCUUGGGUUCCGUGCCUGAGGUCACGAGGCAUAUUGAUUUCUGCUUCCCAGCAGCGCUGGGGUGGUGAGGAAGCCGGAGCACGGCAUCGGGAAAACCUGAGCGGCAGUGAGCGCUGUGAGUUUGCCAACACAAGGCAAGCUCGGGCAGGGCACCUUUGCCCCACAGGCCACACUGACACUAGAGACCGCGGAAGAGGCCCAGGUUCUUUCUCCUGCCUCAGCAGCCCUCAGCGGGCUUUGUCCCGGCUUUUCAGUGUGGCAGGAACCCAGAUGAAUGUGGGCUUUUGCUAAGAGAGGCGGCUCUCACCUCGACAUCUUAGAGCUUUUGCCUGAAAGAGCGCUCUUAAAACCCGGGCUCCCCGGAAGCACAGCCACAGCAGACCGAGGCAGCUCAGAGCCACGUACUUGAGACGCCGAGGCCAUGCGUCCCUUGCUGGGCCCCGAGGCCUGGACGCCGACAGUCCGCCGUCCGCCCGCAGCAGAGGCUGUGCGCUCAUGGCCCAUGCAGACAGGAGACACGCUGGGGUUGGCUGGCCUGGGGUGCCCUGCCUUUCGGGCAGAAAGUAGAAUGUGAAUUAAGUGGCCAGCAGUUUUAAAAAUCAGGCAGUUUCCCAUACAAUCCGGAUAUCCAGCUUCUCAGGCAGAACAGGAAACUGUGGCCACAUGCAGGCCCUUGCUCUCAGGCAGCGGCCGACCUGCCUGCUCCAGGCUCUUGACCGGUGUCUUCCGUCCGCCUGACACAGAGGCUGAAUGUCCAUGGGCCGUGUUUAUUUUCCUGACAGAAGGGAACUGUUUCUGAGUGCCUGCAUCUAAACCAAAUAAGGGAAAGCAGAUGGCGGACUGGGAGGGCCGCCCUCCCUUCGCUCGGGGCCUCACCUCGUUCGCCGACCUUACGGGCCCUGUGGUGCUCAGCUCUUCAGCCCACGGGGCUCAGCCUUCCUGGUACCUGCUUGCUGUCUCUGUAAUGUUCAGAGGGUGGAUCUGUAGAGGGUUCUGGAAAAGCCAGGAGAAGCCCAUCCCCGGUAGGGCACCCUGGAGCCAAGACAGUUCCAUUUUUAGCUCGUGUAUAAAUGAGAGUUUCGCUGCCCAGAAAAAAGCGUUUGCAGAGCGCAGAGAGAUGGCCUUGUUUCCAGAUUAGGGCCCCAUCUCCGGGUGUGCAGCUGCGUCUUCCAGGAGGGUGUAGGGACGGCAUGUCAUGAGAACGAGGUCACUCGGGACAGUUUUCCUUGAGGUCUUCGCUCCCAGGAAGCGCAGAGCCAAACAGUGAUGUCUGCUUCCCGUCACUGGGGACUGUUCUGCUGUGAAUUUUCAGUUUCCAGCCGCAUUUCAUUGUUGGACUCUCGUCAUUUUGUUCGUGUUUUGGUGGCUGUCAGUACUCAGUACCCGUGGCAUGGUGGGUUUGCGAAGUAAAAUCAGAUCCUUCCUGGAACCGAUGUCCUCAGAGGAAUUCCAAUGUGCCACACAGCACAAGCUCUGGGCAGAGGACAGAUGUCAACUGGGCCUCCCCGCCCCUCAGAGACUUAAGAAACCUUUGGGUCAAACCCCCCAGUUCUGCCGCACACAGGCAAGCCUUCCCACCCUCUGGUUUCUCGCAGGCCCCACUAUUUUGGGGUCUUGGCCCUUGUGCAUCAUCUCUGUAUGGCCUGGUGGACGGAAACUCAGUCCAUUCCCUGGUUUCCCCCUAAGAAGUCCACUUACACCACACAAGGAAAGAGUUGAAGGAGCAUUUCCUAACGAUUUGGGGGUGGGGGGUGAGGAAGGCCGUCUCUCCCAUCUCAGUUGCCCCUUUCCUUCUUUCUCCGCACUGCACCCCUCCCAGAAUUCCCCCAGAAAGUGCAGGGCAACUUUCCUUACACCAGCCGUGGAGACCUGCCAGUCCCUGUCCCCACAGAGCUCAGCUCACAUUCCUACUUUACCAAAGCUUUUUUUGCAACUGUCCAUUAAGACCAAGUUCAACUACACAGUAAAGAAAAACCCGAAAGAGAUGUUCAUUUCCCUCUCCGAGUAGAGGAAGCCUGGAUGAAGGUCGUCAGGUGCUCCACAAAGCAUGAGGGACCCAAGCCUCUAUCUGCUCCACGCUCUGCCAUCCCUAAUACGUGACUCCUGUGGUCCAAGAUAGCUGCUGGAGUUCCAGCCAUCACAUCCAUGUUUCAGGAAGCAUAAUGGAGGAAUGCAUACCCCUUUCCUUUUAAGACGCCUUCCUGGUAACCCAGCAUGCCACUUCCAUUUCUGUGUCCUUGUCUACAAGCUCGCCACGUGGCCAUGCCUAGCUUCCAGGGCCUAUAACGAGACAAAGGGGAGUAUAGGUAUUGGGAGACAGCUCAUAGUUUCAGAAACACUGUCCAGACCCCUCUCAACCCCAGAGGAUCCCAGGUGUUAGCUGUUCAAGUAAGGAAAGCUGUUGUACAGACUACUAAAGCAUCUUUGCGGUGAAGUUUCCUUCGCCCUCCGUGGGAAGGCCAGCUUCCUCACAGUGGCCAGGCAGGCUGCUGGAGCACAGAGGUGAGAAGGAGUCACUGCCCUGGCGCAGAAAUUCUUGGCCCAAGCUGGCCCUGAGCUGCAUGAGCCUUCAAGAAUGGGGAAGGGAUUUAUGGAGACGGAAGAGGCAAAAGAGAAUUCCAGACCAAGGGAACAGCCCAGCUGAGGCAGAAAGCAAGUGGUUCUUGCCAUUAGGCAGGUGUCCCUGUCUUGAAAUGCCCUGCUGGUGAUUCUAGGGGGUGGGGUUUGAGGAGGACAGCACGAAAGGUCUCUGGGGUUGGGAAUUUUCCUCAGUGUGGAGAAUCUAAGCAUAGACAUUCAUAACGGGGACACCUGGGAGCACCAGGAAAGUCAGGGUGGGAAGGGGAAGGACUCUGCUCUCUCCCUCUCUCUAGUUGCUCUAUGUGUGCGAGUGGGGCCCAGGGAUGCCAGAUCCUUUUCUAUUUUAAGAAGCCAGAAGUCCAAAUUUGGGUAUAAAAAUCUCCCAAUGUGCAAAUGAGGGUUCCAAAAAUGAACGGUCCACAAACAUAGUGUGAAACCCCUGGGCUGCUGCUGGCCAGCUCUGGACCCUGACCGCACACAGCAUCCUGGGUCUCACAGGGAAAGCUUUAGCAAGUAUUCUGAGAGAAGGGGUGCAUACAAAGUGUCCUCAAGGUGCAUUUCUCCUCUGUGUCCCUCCCAUAAAGGUCAGAGGGUUCAAAUCACAUUCAGAUUUGUAGGUAAAAAGAAAACUAUUGGCCCUUGAGGCCAAGAGAGCCUCACUAACUGUCUUCUUUUUCCGCAUCAAGACGUGGAGGCCCAUAGAGGAGAGGAGCCUUGUCCAAGAUCACAAAGCCAUUUGGGCAGCGCUUGGACCCAGGCUUGGGGUUCUGACUCCCAGCCCAGUGCUCCCUCUAUCAAGGGGCCUAAAAUAGAAGGCUGACCUUUUUGUGGUAUUUCUUGCUUGACACAUGCCAGAGAGUUACUCAUGAGUUCAUCUUCCCAGAAUAAAUGGCAGAAUGGGGCCAGAGGGCAGCAGGAAGACCCCGGGCUGCCCUCUGUGAAACCCACACUCCUGGAAAGCAGGGGUUGGGGGGGCUGCUGCCAGAGCGCCAGGCCAGGCCCCAGCUUUGGGGAGGCUCUUUGUGAGCCCCGGGGAGAGGGCUCUGGAGGCCAGAACAGAUCCUAGGUGUGUGUUAGGGACCCGAGAGAUUGAGCCUGUCCAGCUCGUGCCCCUGACUUCAUUCUCCCUUCUGUUUCUGGUACAAAACAGUAGCCAUCGUAGGAAUCUUGAAAAAAAUCGGACAAGCACAAAAACUAAAAUGAAAACUCACGUAAUAAAACCCACCCGGUUCUCCCAUGACUUUAGCUUGGAUCCCUGCAGUCUGGUCCACUCUGCACAAGGAGGGAGGCAGAGCCUGACUUUUUCCUCUUCUUUCUUUC